GGAGCGUCAGAAGUCAAAGCUGCGCGCCGCUUGUACCGAGCGGCUGGUUCCGUUGGCCCGGUUCGGUCGCCGAGCGGCGGGAUUUAGCGGCUUUUCCCUCCAGGUGGAGUCCCGGUUCUGCUGAAGGCGGAUGUCUGCGGGUUCGAGGAUGCGCACCGUGGUUCUGCUGUCCUGGUUCUGGAUGUGGACCCGGAGCCAGCGCUUGGACCACGACAGCUGGUCGGACCGAGCCGUGCUGAUGUCGGACGGCCUCUGUCGCUACGGCAACAGCGUGGAGUGCUGCUGGGGCUGGAGGCCGACGGGCCGAGGGCGGUGUCAGCAUGUUCCCAAAGUGACUCUGGAGCCGCAGAAACCAAGAACUACAACUCCCACCACCACUACUACCACCACUACCACUACUACUACUACUACUACUACUACUACUACUACUACUACUAGUACAACGAGUACUACAGCUCGUCCAACCACCACAACUACCGUCCCCAUGACAACCACUACCUUAGCAACCAGCAUCCCGGCUUCAACUACAGGCGCUGCAACCACCAGGACCGAAACAACCACGUCAAAACCCACCACUACUACUACUACCACUCCUGUUACUACUACUACUACUACUACCACCACCACUCCUGUUACUACUACUACUACCCCAACUACACCACCUACUACCACCACUGCAAGUACAACUACAUCAACCACUCUGUUUACUACAACUGAGCUGGAUACUACAACUCCAACAAUACCUCCUACUACCACUACUACUACCACUCUUGUUACUACUACUGCUGCUACUCCAAGUACCACACCACCUCCUCCUCCUACAACCACGGUUACCACGGUCGCCCCAACAACUACGGUUGCCCCGGCGACGACCACGGUGAGCAACAGGAUCAACAAGGACGUGACGCCCAAGCAGAGAGGCGACGUGCACAUUCCUCGACAUCCAACUCACAACCAGGUCUGGGAGUUUGACAUCGAGCUGGGGAACACCGCCGACGACGCCCAAGAUGACCCUGACGUCGGAGCUCUGCGCUGUUCCUUUGAUGGCGGAGUUUGUGGCUGGAUGUCGGACGCAGAAGGAGAUCUGAGCUGGGAAACCUCCCGUGACCCCACAGGUGGGCGAUACCUGUCUGUCCCCGAGCUGAGGGCGGGGCAAAGGAGCAUCCGUGGCGCUCGAUUGGCUGUUCAGAUCGUCCCUCCCUGGAGCCACGGCGACCUGUGCUUCUCCUUCUCCCAUUGGCUGACGGGGCAUGAUGUGGGCGUGCUGCAGCUGUUCAUCAGGAAAAAGGGACGAGACCAACGGUAUGGCUCCGCCCUCUGGAGCAGGACAGGUGGACACGGCUGGAGACAAACGCAGGUUACCAUGACGACCCACUCUGUGGACAAGGUGUUGUUGAAGGCCGAGCGCAGGAUUGGACGACGAGGUCAGAUCGCCAUCGAUGAUGUCACACUGAGCCGGGGGGCGUGUCGAUGACAUCACCGCGGAGGACAUUUCUCUUUCAGACUGAACUCAAAGAUGCUCAGGCCACUUUUAUAGGAUGGACUUGAUGAUUUUUUUUUUUUUAAUAGUUUGUCUUUCAGAGACGGAAAAAGGCGAUUUCAGUUCCGAUGUGUUCGAUUUAAAUCCUCAGGCCGGAGGCUGAUGGUCCUGUGAUCUCUGUCUCUGAACUUUCUGAUUAAUUGAUCAGAUCAAUGACUUGUUUGGUCUGUAAUUACGAGUGUUUCCCAAAGUCCAAAACGACCUCCAGCUUUCACAUUUAGGAAGCUGCAAUCUGACUGUUUUGAUUUGUUUCUACUUAAAAAUGACUCAAGCUGUUUGAAAAUCUGAUGAAGUCAGAUCAACAUAGCUGCAGAUCGAUUAAAAUCCCGACAACUAAUCGAUGAAUCAGAGUUGGUCUUAGUCAGACUGAAGACGCCUCCAUUAAAUCAGUUUGUGCAGAUCUUGGAAAACAGAAUUCAGUCACUUUAAAAAGCCUGAGGAAGCAUUAAAGUCUGAAAUGUAUACACAAUUCCUAAAUACUGUCUUUGACCUGCUGUUUAUUUUUCUGUCUGUCAGAGAUGAAAGAUUAAUUAAGGUUUUGGGGCUAAAAUCAACAGAUUAGUUAAAAAUGACUGAAAAUAUACAUUUGAAGAGUCGCUGCAGGUGAACUGUCUUCUGAUGGAAACUGAAGUGACCGACUGUUGUAGCGACAAUAACUUUUCAUUGGUUAAUCCAUCCAGGUUGCUUGAAUUUAAUUAUGUAAUCAGAAAUUGUUGUCACAUACAGAUUGCAACUGUACAUAUUUUUGUAAUUAAAACUAGCCUGGGCUGCAGGUGUCUCGGUGCUUAGCACC